AUGGCGGCUCCUCCUCAUCGUCCAGACUGCAGCAGGCUGAGCAGGCUGGUUGGGAUUUGCCUUCUCCUGGGGACCCUGUGGGAAAUCCGGGCGGAACAGAUCCGCUACUCUGUGCCUGAGGAGCUAGAGAAAGGUUCCUUCGUGGGCAACAUCGCCAAGGACCUGGGGCUGGAGCCCCGGGAGCUGGAGGAGCGCGGAGUCCGCAUCGUCUCCAGAGGUAGGACCCCGCUCUUUGCUCUGAACCGGAGAAGCGGCAUCUUGGUCACCGCGGGCAGGAUAGACCGGGAGGAGCUCUGUGAUAGAUCUCCAAAGUGUGUAGUAAGCCUGGAGAUUCUCCUAGAGGACAAAGGUUACCAGCUCAGCUCGAACGCUCACUUCUCCCUGGACGUGCAAAACGGAGCUGAUGGGAUAAAGUACCCUGAGCUAGUGCUGGAGCGCGCUCUGGACCGAGAGGAAGAGGCGGUUCACCACCUGGUUCUCACUGCCUUCGAUGGAGGCGACCUGGUUCACUCUGGCACUACCCGGAUUCGUAUAACACUUGUGGAUACCAAUGACAAUGCCCCGCUAUUCACUCAGCCCGAGUACCACGUGAGCGUUCCGGAGAAUGUGCCGGUGGGCUUCCGAAUCGUCACCGUUAAAGCCACUGAUUCAGAUGAAGGAGCCAAUGGAGAAGUGACAUAUUCUUUCCGUAAAGUAAGAGAUAAAAUAUCGCAGCUAUUCCAGUUGAAUUCUGUGACUGGGGAUAUAACAAUACUGGGGGAUCUAGAUUAUGAGGACUCUGGAUUCUACGAUAUAGAUAUAGAAGCUCACGAUGGUCCUGGUCUCCGAGCCAGAAGUAAAGUGCUGGUGACAGUUCUGGAUGUAAAUGACAAUGCUCCAGAAGUCAUGGUUACAUCGCUCACCAGCUCUAUCCAAGAAACUUCUUCUCCAGGCACAGUAAUUGCACUUUUCAAUGUGCAUGACAGUGAUUCAGGAGAGAAUGGCCUUGUCACCUGUUCUAUUCCAAAUAAUCUGCCGUUCACACUUGAAAAGACCUAUGGAAAUUAUUAUCGAUUGUUGACACACAGAAUGCUGGAUAGGGAAGAAGUCUCAGAAUAUAACAUCACAGUAACUGCCACUGACCAUGGAACUCCACAACUGUCUACACAAACUCACAUCUCACUGCAGCUGAUAGACAUCAAUGACAACCCUCCUGCCUUUUCUCAUGCUUCAUAUUCUGCUUAUGUUCCUGAAAACAACCCCAGAGGAGCCUCCAUUUUAUCCAUGACUGCCCAGGACCCUGACAGCAUCGAGAAUGCCAGAGUCACUUACUCCCUGGCUGAAGGCAUGCUCCAGGGGGAGCCUCUCUCCUCCUAUGUCUCCAUCAACUCUGACACAGGUGUCCUGUAUGCACUGUGCUCCUUUGACUAUGAGCAGGUUAGAGACCUGCAACUAGUGGUGACAGCCAGUGACAGUGGGGAUCCUCCACUCAGCAGUAAUGUGUCUCUAAGCUUGUUUGUGCUGGAUCAGAAUGACAAUGCACCUGAAAUCCUCUACCCCACCCUCCCCACAGAUGGUUCCACUGGUGUGGAACUGGCGCCCCGCUCUGCAGAACCAGGCUACCUGGUGACUAAGGUGGUGGCAGUGGACAGAGACUCAGGCCAGAACGCCUGGCUGUCCUACCGCCUGCUCAAGGCCAGCGAGCCAGGGCUCUUUGUGGUGGGGCUGCACACGGGCGAGGUGCACACUGCGCGUGCCCUGCUGGACAGAGAUGCGCUCAAGCAGAGCCUAGUGGUGGCUGUUCAGGACCACGGCCAGCCCCCUCUGUCGGCCACCGUCACGCUCACGGUGGCUGUGGCUGACAGCAUCCCAGACGUUCUGGAAGAGUUGAGCAAUCUGGAGCCCUCCGCCAAUCCUGAUGACUCCAGCCUCACGCUGUACCUAGUGGUGGCGGUGACUGUGGUCUCCUGCGUCUUCCUCGCCUUUGUCAUUGUGCUGCUGGCACUCAGGCUCAGGCGCUGGCAUAAGUCGAGUCUGCUCCAGGCUUCUGGAGGGGGUUUGGCAGGUGUGCCUGCCUCGCACUUUGUGGGCGUGGAUGGGGUGCGGGCGUUUCUGCAGACCUAUUCCCACGAGGUCUCCCUCACCGCGGACUCUCGGAAGAGUCACCUGAUCUUCCCUCAGCCCAACUAUGCAGACACGCUCAUCAGCCAGGACAGCUGUGAGAAAAGCGAGCCUCUUUUGAUAACUCAGGAUUUACUUGAAACAAAAGGAGACGCCAGUCCUCAUCAGCUUGUGGGAUGUACCAGCAAUGCCUGCGUGUGA